AGUAUGUAUGCAGUGAUCAAUGGCUCCUCCAACUGCCCCUGUACUGUAUGUACCUCACUCAUGACAUAAUUCCUUCCCCUGUACAGUGUAUGGCGUGUAUCACUGUGUAUAUGACACGUGACACUGCCUCUGCCUCCCCGCUUCGCCGUCUCUAGAGGUGUGUCCCUUGCCGGCCGCCGUUUGCCCCUCGCUUUGCUGUUGGCGCAGUUUGAGCCUCCCCGAACGCCGUACACACAUGCUGCUGCUGCUGUUGUGUAUGUGACGUCUCAUGUUCUGCACACCCGGCUCAUCAGCUACACCCGAAAAUGAAGCCGCGGAAGAAACAGGGGGACCUCAGCAAGGCGGAGAUGAUGAUGAUGACCAUUGCUGAUGUCAUUAAGCAACUUCUAGAGGCUCACGAGCAAGGAAAAGAUGUCAACCUGAACAAGAUCAAGACGAAGACCUCGGCCAAGUACGGCCUCUCGGCGCAGCCGCGGCUCGUGGACAUCAUCGCAGCUGUCCCGCAACAGCACCGCAAGGUUCUGGUGCCCAAGUUAAAGGCAAAGCCCAUCCGCACCGCCAGUGGGAUCGCGGUGGUCGCUGUCAUGUGCAAACCCCACCGAUGCCCUCACAUUAACUUCACCGGAAACAUCUGCGUGUACUGUCCCGGAGGUCCCGAUUCCGAUUUUGAAUAUUCAACGCAGUCUUAUACGGGAUAUGAGCCAACAUCAAUGCGCGCGAUCCGAGCCCGGUAUGACCCCUUCCUGCAAACUCGGCACCGGGUGGAACAGCUGAAGCAGCUGGGCCACAGCGUGGACAAGGUGGAGUUCAUUGUAAUGGGGGGAACAUUCAUGGCCCUGUCAGAGGAGUACAGAGACUAUUUCAUCCGGAACCUGCAUGACGCCUUGUCCGGGAACACUUCCAACAGCGUCUCGGAAGCCGUGCGGUACUCGGAAAGGAGUAACACGAAGUGUGUGGGGAUCACCAUAGAGACCCGGCCAGAUUACUGCCUGAAGCGGCACCUGAGUGACAUGCUGGUUUAUGGCUGCACCAGGCUGGAGAUCGGCGUGCAGAGCGUGUAUGAGGAUGUCGCCAGAGAUACCAACCGGGGCCACACGGUAAAGGCAGUGUGCGAAUCCUUCCACAUGGCCAAGGACGCCGGAUUCAAAGUGGUGUCUCACAUGAUGCCGGAUCUACCUAACGUGGGCCUGGAGCGAGACAUCGAACAGUUCAUAGAGUUUUUUGAAAACCCGGCUUUCCGGCCAGACGGGAUGAAGCUCUAUCCGACGCUCGUCAUCCGAGGAACCGGAUUGUAUGAACUCUGGAAAACUGGGAGAUAUCGAAGUUAUUCUCCGAGCACUCUAGUAGAUCUUGUGGCUAGAAUUCUGGCACUUGUUCCUCCGUGGACAAGAGUUUACCGUGUACAGAGAGACAUUCCGAUGCCGCUGGUCAGCUCUGGGGUGGAGCAUGGCAAUCUGCGGGAGCUGGCGCUAGCCCGGAUGAAGGAUCUGGGUACAGAGAGCCGUGAUGUCCGGACAAGGGAAGUGGGAAUACAGGAAAUUCACCACAAAGUCCGACCGUAUCAGGUAGAGUUGAUCCGCAGAGAUUACGUGGCCAAUGGGGGCUGGGAGACGUUUCUUUCCUAUGAGGAUCCGGAGCAGGACAUCCUGAUUGGAUUGCUGCGCCUGCGGAAGUGUUCCCCGGAGUCCUUCAGAGCAGAGCUGAAGGGAGGAGUAUCCAUCGUGCGAGAGCUACACGUGUACGGCAGCGUGGUCCCUGUCAGCAGCCGUGACCCCUCCAAGUUUCAGCAUCAGGGCUUCGGGAUGUUACUGAUGGAGGAGGCGGAACGCGUAGCCAGAGACGAGCACGGAUCAUGCAAAAUCGCUGUCAUCUCAGGUGUCGGCACUAGGAACUAUUACAGGAAGAUUGGGUAUGAGUUAGAGGGGCCGUACAUGGUGAAGAGACUGGACUAAGCCAAGGGGAGAAGAGCCGGAAAUGAGUGGUGACCCUCCAGGCGUCCGCCACCGCAGAACGCCCUACGUGACAGCCUGCCCAGCUUAUUUCUAUCAGGGUGUAAUCUUUUCUGGGUGGGAUUUCUUUUAUCUUAAAUUGUUUUCGUUGUUACAAAGGCAGCAAUCAGAUUUUCUAUUUAUAUGCAAAUAAAUGCACAAAAUCAUCAAGA